CUGGAUUAUUUUCCUUCUUUUUCUCCUGGAGGACAAGCACUGCUGGGGAGGAAAACAAGGCGCCUAAUGAGACCUCAGCUCACUCCGCUUUGCCACUAAUCUGGUUUGUGCUUUGACACACAACUGGGGACUCCACGAUGGCCGGUCUCACCACGUUGUGCCUUUCCGAAAGCGAGAGCUGCAGCGACAGCCCCAGCUCGACCUCCACGGUUUUGUCUCAUGGCGACGCAGAUCUCAACGGCGAGGAGAAAACGUGCGCCGUAUGCGGGGAUCGGGCCACCGGGUACCACUUCCACGCCAUGACCUGCGAAGGCUGCAAGGGAUUUUUCCGGCGGUCGGUCAUCAAGGGGGUUCAGUUUACGUGCCCCUUUACCAGCAGUUGUACCAUCACCAAAGCCAAGAGACGGCAGUGUCAGGCCUGCCGCUACCAGAAAUGCCUGGCUGCAGGGAUGAGGAAGGACAUGAUUAUGUCCGACGAAGCCUUGCGUCUCCGCCGGAAGCUGCGGGAUCGAAAGCAGAAACAGGAGCAGAGUCCUAAAGAGGAACCAGACAAGGGUGCCGGCCUCACGGUGGAACAGGAGCAGCUGAUUGAGAUCCUCUCCGAAGCACAUCAGAAAAACUUUGACUCCAGCUUCUCCCAGUUCACCCACUACCAACCCCCAGUGCGCCUGUACAUCCAUAGCGUGAGGCCUUGGGGGACCCAGAACGGGGCCUGUUCUCUGAGCCCCGAAGACUACCUGGAAAGCUACCCAGAGGAGGUCCUGCCGGAUGUCUUCUCCAUGCUGCCAAUCUUUGCCGAUUUGAGCACUUUCAUGAUCCAGCAAGUGAUCCAGUUUGCCAAGGCCAUCCCGGCUUUCAGAGUUCUGCCGAUCGAUGAUCAGAUCUCACUCCUCAAAGGGACAACCCUCGAAAUCUGUCAGAUCCAGUUCAACACAAUCUUUAAUGAGGAAACCAAAGUUUGGGAAUGUGGCCAACACUGCUACACCGUACAAGACGGUGCCCUGGCUGGUUUGCAGCAAAUCUACCUGGAGCCGCUGCUGAAGUUUCAUGUCAGUUUGCGGAAACUCAAGCUUCACGAAGCCGAGUACGUUCUACUCCAGGCCUUGGUACUCUUCUCCCCAGAUCAGGUGGACGUCGUGCAGCGAGAGGAAAUUGACCAGACUCAAGAGAAAAUUGCGUUGACUCUCAAGAGCUACAUCGACCAGCGACACCCGCUUCCCGAAGGGAGGUCCCUGUAUGCCAAGCUGCUUUUGCUGUUGACGGAGCUGCGGACGCUGAAAGUCGAGAACACCCGGCAGAUCCUCCACAUCCAGGACUUACGCUCCAUGACGCCACUGCUUUCAGAAAUCAUCAGCUGAAAGCUUGGAACGCUGUCGUUUGGUGGUUUGGCUUUGCAAGAUAACAUGAUCUUGAUCGGGGCCAUCUGUUGCCCUCCGCUGCCUUUUGGACUGCGUGUUCCAUUAGCACUAUCCAACAGUCAAGAGGAAUGGUCAUUUCAUGUGUUGUCGAAGACUUUCACGGCCAGAAUCACUGGGUUGCUGUGAGUUUUCCGGGCUGUAUGGUCUUGUUCCAGAAGCAUUCUCUCCUGAUGUUUCGCCCACAUCCACAGAGUAGGGCUGGGCAACCACGGAAAAAUUUGUUUCUGAAAUCGAUUCGUUUUUUGGGGGUUUUUGCGUUUCGAUUUUUAAAAGAAUU